AGAGGGUGCGUCCAAUCAGCAAUCCCUCCUGCGCAACCUAUCCCCGCUCUUCCCGCCCCCUCCCGCCCCGCACGCCCCUCUCGGGCACCUACUUUCUUUGUGACUGGUGCGCGCUCUGGUCACUCAGUGCGGCGGGGAGAGGUCGUCGACGCCGGCUCCUGGCGGAGCGCGGGGAGGAGGGAGGUGUCGGUGUCAGCGGCGUAGUCGACGGCGGCCCCGGCCAUGGAAGAGACGCAGCCGCUUUCGCAGUCCGAGCUGCCGCUGUGCGACAGCCUUAUCAUCUGGCUGCAGACAUUCAAUACUGCCGCACCUUGUCAAGAUGUCAAACAGCUGACUAAUGGAGUUGCCAUGGCACAAGUUCUUCAUCAGAUUGAUGUAGCUUGGUUCAAUGAAUCUUGGUUAAGCCGAAUUAAAGAGGAUAUUGGUGACAACUGGAGAAUAAAGGCUAGUAAUUUAAAGAAGGUACUUCAAGGAAUUAUGAGUUAUUACAGUGAGUUUUUGGGGCAGCAGAUUUCUGAAGAACUUAUCCCUGAUUUAAACCAAAUAACUGAAUGUUCGGAUUCUGUGGAGCUUGGGAGAUUGCUCCAGCUUAUUUUAGGUUGUGCAGUCAAUUGUGAAAAGAAGCAAGAACAUAUUCAAAAUAUAAUGACACUGGAAGAAUCUGUUCAACAUGUGGUCAUGACUGCUAUUCAAGAGUUGAUGAGUAAAGAAAUAUUGAGCUCUCCUAUGAAUGAUGCUGUUGGAGAAUUAGAGCAACAGCUUAAAAGGGCAUUGGAAGAACUUCAAGAAGCACUAGCAGAAAAAGAAGAGCUGAGGCAAAGAUGCCAAGAACUAGAUAUGCAGGUGCGGAAAAGAACCUGUCUGAGAAAAAGGUCCCUGUUCGGGCGCCACUUGUCGUGGCCGGUGCGACAACACGAGCAGGGUCGAGAGGUACAAGUAAAUAUGUAUGAUUCAUCCUACAACAGGCUGAGCAGAGAGCGUAUCCGGGAAUUGCAGCAGCAGAUUGAGGACCUCCAGAAGUCUUUACAAGAGCAAGGCUCCAAGGCUGAAGGAGAAAGUUCCAGCAAACUAAAGCAGAAGUUGGAAGCUCAUAUGGAAAAACUAACUGAGGUCCAGGAAGAAUUACAGAAGAAACAGGAACUCAUUGAAGAUCUUCAGCCAGAUGUAAACCAGAACGCACAAAAGAUCAGUGAACUUGAAGCUGCUCUUCAGAAGAAAGAUGAAGAUAUGAAAGCGAUGGAGGAGAGAUAUAAAAUGUACUUGGAGAAAGCAAGAAAUGUAAUAAAAACUUUAGAUCCCAAAUUAAAUCCAGCAUCAGCUGAAAUAAUGCUACUUAGAAAGCAGUUGGCAGAGAAAGAGAGAAGAAUUGAGAUUCUAGAGAGUGAAUGUAAAGUAGCAAAAUUCCGUGAUUAUGAAGAAAAACUCAUUGUUUCUGCCUGGUACAAUAAGAGUCUAGCAUUCCAGAAACUAGGGAUGGAAUCUAGACUCGUGAGCAGCAGUGGUGCCUGCAAGGACCCUGGGGCGUGUGCUCCUGCACGGUCGUUCCUGGCACAGCAGCGGCACAUCACCAACACCAGAAGAAACCUCUCUGUCAAAGUUCCUGCUACCACACCCGAUUAAACUACAACAGAAAACAUAAACAGAAGUGCCCUUAAAAUAGUUUAUAUCCUUCAGUUAACUUCCAGGUUG